UGCCACUCCGCACCCCAAGAGGUGGAUUUUGCAGCUUUUCACCAUCUCCUUCUCUACUGCGGCUGUGGGACCAGCAGGCUGGGGAAGUAGACGACAAUAGAGGUUUUGGACUUCAAGCCCUCCUCGAUGAACUAAAACGAAUGGGAUUGUCCGUAAUGAACAUCAGAGGACAAGGCUAUGAUAAUGGUGCCAAUAUGAGAGGAUGCAUUUCUGGCGUGCAAGCUAGAUUGCUGGCAGAAAAUCCACGAGCCUUUUUUGUUCCGUGUGCAUGCCACAGCCUUAAUUUGAUUUUGUGUGAUAUGGCCGAGUCUUCUGUAGAAGCUGUGUCUUUUUUUGGUUUGCUGCAACGCAUUUACGGCCUCUUUUCAGCUGCCGCUCAACACUGGCAGAUAUUCAACGCACAUGUCAGUGGUAUUACCGUUAAGCCUCUAUCUGAGACACGCUGGGAAAGCAGAGUAGAAAGUGCAACAACGUUGAGAUAUCAAUCUGAGGAAGUUUACGAAGCGCUGGUUGCUAUUUCGGAAGAAGCCAGAGAUCCAAAAGCUAGAAGUGAGGCACAGUCAUUGGCCUCUGGAAUAUCCAGCUUCAAGUUUCUAACCUCUGUUGUUAUCUGGUAUGACAUUCUUGUUAAAAUCUCAAGGGUAAGCAAAAUAAUGCAGAGUCCAGCGAUGCAGCUUGACUCAAUGCUUACCUUACUUAACACCACGCGAGACUUUUUAGUUAAAUACAGAGCAAACGGAUUCAAAGCAGCACAGGUUACAGCAAGGGAGCUUGCCCGGGCACUCGGCGUAGAACCAAAGUUUCCGUGUCCGAACGUGACAAGGGUUUCGAGGAAAAAACGGCACACGGAAUACAAAGGAGUGGAUGAGCCCACAGACGAUCCAGAAAAGAAAUUUGAGGUUGACUUUUUUAAUGUUGUGACGGAUAAAGCAAUAUCUGCCGUCGAUGAAAGGGUCCGUACCUUACGAGCACACCAUGAACAGUUUGGAUUUUUGUAUGACAUAACUAAAUUCACCGAAAUCGGAAAACAAGAGCAGCUAAUGACAAAGUGCAAGAACCUGGAGAGCCUCCUGAAGCACGGGGAUAGUGUUGAUUUAAAUGGACUUGAACUGUACGAAGAAUUGAGGACACUGUCAUCAAUGUUGCCACAUGCAAAAUCGGUGAUGGACAUUGUGCAGUUUAUUCAUACCAGCAAACUGGUUGACACAUAUCCCAAUGUGUACAUUGCCACGCGUAUUCUACUGACAAUUCCUGUAACAGCAGCAUCAGGAGAACGGAGCUUCUCAAAACAAAAGCUCAUUAAAAACUAUCUCCGCUCUCCAAUGAGUCAGGAACGCCUGACUGGACUUGCUAUUCUUGCAAUCGAACAAGACAUCACUUUGUCUUUGUCAUACGAUGACAUUAUUACUGAUUUUGCAGACAAAAAAGCCAGCACGAUUGUUUUUCAUUAA